AUGGUUGGCAGUACUGUAUUCAGGCUCGUGUCGACACGGGACGUCGCCAGCGACGAUGUGGACAGGCUUGUUGAAUUGACCGGCCCUGAUAUUGUCGGUGCGACAGAGCUGGACGACCCAACGGACGAGGUGGAUAAGCGAAGCGAAGUUGUAGUCAAGCUCGAGCUGGAAGACCGGCUUGUAGUGGUUGUGUUUGAGAAGGUGAAACUCGACGUGGUUCUACCAGUAGAUGGUGCAGUUGUGGGUCCAACGGGUGAAGUAAAAGUUGAUGAAAGGGUAGUUUGCGCAAAAGAGGAAGUGGAGGACCGUGUGGUCGUGGAGUUGCCAAAAAUGGGAGAGGAAGUGUCAAUAGUGCUGGGUGCGACUGAUGAGGUGGAAAAUGUGCGGGUGGUGGGAACAGAGCUCGCGGUAGUCAAUCCCGUAGUGGUUGGUUUCACGGACGAGUUGGACGACGGGAUGAUUGAGGUAGUCAACUCACCAGUUGUGGUUUCUGUCCCUGUAACCGGUAAGCUGGUUGACCGGGUGUUAGUUCCCUCUGUAGAUGUGGUGGACGAUUGCGAAGAUGUGGUUGUCGUGCUUCCAAACAAGCUUGAGGUUGUGUUAGGGAAAAAGGUGGACGUGGACACCGUAAAGGUAGGUCCAACCGGUCCACUGGAACUGGCGGGCGUGGACGUUGGUUCUGUUGUAACUGGGACAGUGGUAUUGGCAGACGACGUGAAGGUGGGCAAGGUCUCAGUGGCGGUGCUAGAAGUGGACUGGGUGUUAGUAGAUACAGUACUUGUCGGUCCACUGGAUCCGGUUGAGCCAGCUGAAGUUGACUCUGUACUGGUCGUUCCUGUCUGUGUCUCUGUGGUAGAAGUACCGGUUUGCGUCUCCGAAGUGAUAGGCAAAGUCAAGGUUGAUAGAGACGUGAAUGUAAUACUACCGCUACUCGACAAGGACGUGGAAAUAGAAAUCGUGAAUGUUGGUCUUCCCAUACUUCCAGUACUCGUCUCAGUAGUGGAGGUCGACGUAGUAGUAUUUGAGAAUGUUGGCGACACGAUUGUGCUUAUCGUGGACAAAGAAGUAGAGAUACUGGUGCCGCUCGUCGACGAGGAAGAUGUUACUGAUACAAUUGUAGUAGAAUUGGCUCCUGAAGUAGACACGCUCGACGAUGAACUGGAUGUUGAUAGCGAUGUGGAAGUGCUUGUCUCACUAAUAGAGAGAGAAGUCGACACAGUUCCAGGUCCAGUGGCAGAAGUACUCCCCGUUGUUGUUGAGGUUGACAGUGAUGUAGACGUACUCGUACUAUUCGCUGACAGAGACGUCGAUACGCUGAUUGGUAGUGUCACUGAAGUACUCGUUCCCGUAGUGGAGGUAGAGAUAGGUGCCGUUGCCGACGUACUCGUCUGCAAUGUUGAAGUGGAUAAGAAUGUAAUUGUACUGCUUCCACUAACGGAUAGAGAGGUCGACACACUGACAGGGGGACCAGUUACAGUGCUUGAUUCGCUCGUUGUUGACGCCGUAGUUGUCUGUAGGGUUGAGGUAGACAAGAACGUGAACGUGCUACUUCCGCUGGUAGACAAAGACGUCGAGACGCUGACAGGGAGUCCAGUCACGGUGCUUGACGAAGUAGCCCCCGACGACGUCGGAACAAUGACAAUGCUCGAUGUAGAGAGCGAAGUUAAAGUGCUAUUACCGCUCACCGAAAGAGACGUCACGGUCGUUGGAAUAGACGUAACUGACAGAGUGAUACUCGAAGUUGACAGCGACGUAGACGUGAGUGAUCCAGUAGUCGAUAGCGACGUCACGGUAAUGGGAAUAACCGGACUUGACGGACUCGAAGUCGAGAAGCUUGAGACCGAUAGAGUAAUACUGGAAGUUGAGACAGAGGUGGACGUGCUGGAGCCGCUGACUGAGAGCGACGUAAUGGUUGUUGGGAUGACAGGACUUAUGAUUGAAGUCGAUAAGGACGUGAAGGUUAACGAUCCACUUGUUGAUAGAGACGUCGAUACGGUGAAUGUAGGCUGGACACCACUUCCACUUGAACUCGAGACGCUCGAGGUUGAGAGACUUGAAGUCGAAAGGCUUGAAGUCGAAGGGCUUGAAGUCGAGACGCUUGAGACUGAUACGCUGGAGACUGAAAGAGUAAUACUCGAGGUUGAUAUGGAGGUAGACGUGCUAGAACCACUAACUGAUAUCGAAGUGAUAGUUGUUGGAAUAACAGGACUGAUGAUCGAAGUGGAAAGGGACGUGAAGGUUAACGACCCGCUCGUCGACAGAGACGUUGAUACGGUAAAAGUGGGCUGCACACCACUUCCACUCGAGCUUGAGGCACUCGGGGUUGAGAGGCUUGAAGUCGAAACGCUUGAAACUGAGAUGCUAGAAACCGAAAGAGUGAUACUCGAGGUUGAUACAGAGGUAGAUGUGCUAGAACCGCUAACUGAUAUUGAGGUAAUAGUUGUUGGAAUGACAGGGCUGAUAAUUGACGUGGAUAGAGAUGUCAAAGUCAACGACCCACUCGUUGAUAGAGACGUCGAGACGGUGAACGUGGGCUCAACACCGCUUCCACUCGAACUCGAGGCGCUCGAGGUUGAAAGACUUGAAGUUGAGAGGCUGGAGACCGAGAGAGUGAUACUCGACGUUGAUAGCGAAGUGGAUGUGCUUGUCCCGCUCACAGAUAGCGACGUGAUCGUUGUCGGGAUAACAGGACUAAUAGUUGACGUCGAGAGAGAAGUCAACGUGAGUGACCCAGUCGUUGUGAGGGAGGUUGAAACCGAAAAUGUAGGCUCGACACCGCUAUUGCUCGUACCCGAGCUUGAACUCGAUACACUUGAGCUUGAAACGCUUGAAACGCUUGGAACUGACCCGGUGAUGCUAGACGUCGAUAACGAGAUAGAAGUGACGGUGCCGCUCACAGAGAUGGAUGUUAUCGUAGUGGGGAUGACCGGAGUGAUUGUCGAUGAUGAAAGAGAUGUAAAGGUCAGCGACCCAGUGGUCGAAAGGGAGGUCGAUACCGAAACGGUGGGCGUCCCAGUGUUCGACUGA